AGCCACAAGCAAAGACAUAACAAGCAACCUUCUACUCGAGCGCUUUCAGGUAAUCCAUAUUCCUCCGCUUGAGUCUCCCAAACAAUCACACAACAGUGCACUCAAAUUGAGAGAUUCCCGGAUGAAAGUGUCAUGGCCGCUGUAAGUGACCUGCAAAGCUAGCAAGGAAGGAAAGGUCCAUGGGGCAAGGGAGGGGACUGUACAGGCCUGGAGAGCGGCAGCAGAUACCAUUACAUUGUUGAUGAACCUGUUCUCAGCUACCACUGUCUGAUCUGGGUCUUCGGGGUCCUUUGCGGGGUGGAAUGGGAGAUUGGGGAGUGGCUGCAAGGAAACUGGAUGUUUCCAGUGUCCGGAAAGGAAAACAUAAAAAUACCUGGAAGCUAAACAUGGAACCAGUCAACAAGACAGACCCAGAAAAUAACGAAACAAACACUGCUGCAACACAACACUGUGAAAAUGGAGAGGAAGAUGAAGAGAAAAGUUCUGCUUCACACUCACAGCCGUCAGGAGCUGCAGCUAAACAGCAGCAGCACUGUCAACCUGCGCGGAAACAUCUUAAAGUUGUACUACCAAGAAUAAAUACUCUGGAUCAAAGUCUUUGUCAAGAAAUGAGCGAGGCAUCUGACAGACCAAGAGGCAGAGUGCAGACAGCAAGAAAAUCUUUAAGGAAUACAUCUGGAAAGGAAAGCCAAGUAACAGAAACCUGCAAUGCACAGCAUUUAGAACCUAAAAAACACAGAGAAGAGGCGAAGGUUCAUCCAAAAAUACUAAAUUUCAGGUGUUCUUUAUGCAAGAGUGAUGUUCGGUUUAGUCCAAAUGACUUCUUGAAACAUUACCAAGUAGAACAUGAGGGAUAUACGCCUAUCUAUCCUUGCAACAUGUGCAAUUAUUCCACUUAUGACUUUCAAAUACUUCAGCAACAUCGGAUGACACACCGUGAUACAAUGGUCAGAUGUGAUGUUUGUAAUGAUGGCGUUCAUUACCCUUUACUGCAGCUUACUCGGCACUUCAAUAUUGAACACAGUGUAAACGGCCAUUUCAGUUGUGAAAAGUGCAAGUUCUCUACAAAAGAUGUAGGAACCUUUGUACAGCACAUACAUAGGCAUAAUGAAAUUCAGUACAAGUGUGACAGAUGCUCGCAUGUGAGUUAUUCAAAAGGAGAGUUUCAGAGACAUCUUGUAGUUCAUACUUGCCCAUUUCCAUUUUACUGUCAGUUUUGUGACUAUGGGGCAAUACGUAAAGACUAUAUUCUAAAGCAUAUGACCGCUUUACAUAGUGAUCAAAUUGAAAAAAAGUGCAAGUGGAAGGAAAAUGGAGAUGGCACAAAAAAAUUGGCAAAUACUUCAACAGGUUUGAUGCCUUUAUUGCCUAGGAAAGCAAUUGGAACAUCAAGGGAAGCAAACUGGGAGACCAAAGCACUGCAUUCUCUAAGAAGAGGCAUUCUAGAUGAAUGUGGAAGACUGUCUAGCCCAGAACAGACUUUACAAGAGACGCAGCAUUUUUUGGAGAGAACUGUAGGUAAUGAAAAAGACAAUGUUCAAAGGCUUGUAACAAAAAAGAAUGAUCAACACCACACACGCCCAGUAUCUCUACCCCUGCCUACUCCUUCACAGUUAGAAAGAGUUUUAAAUUCUAAUGGAGGUUUCAUAAAAACAGGCAUCAAUGAGUCAUCUCUGCUAAAGGUGAAAAAUAAAAUACCGAUUCCACCAAAUUGUACCACUAAAUUUAUGGGGUUCAAGAUGGUAGAUGGAAAACGUCAUCUUGUGCUCAAGGUAAUACCAGCAUCUAAGGCAGACUCUUCUACCCCAAAGUUGCAGUCUUCCUCUGAAAGUGAUGCAAAUAGCCAUUUGCAAGAGAAAAACCCUGAAAAAACAGUACAACAAAUUGGAGUACAAAAUGAAGAAGUGCAAGGAAACAGCUAUCCAACUGCUGAAAAUUGUGAGUCUGCAGCAUCUCUGUCUGGUUCAUUAUCUGGGUGUUUAGAGAUUCUGGAGUCAGGGAGUACCCCAGGAAAUCUUACAGUAAAUGUAGUUUCAGACCAUGCAAAAAAUGAAGUGCAAGCCCCAAGUCAGAGUUUCUCCUCAGAAGUAUGUACAGACAUGGAUGCAACAGUGCAAGCUGGGAAUAAUACAUGUUCUGGAAGUGACAUUUCUGCUCAGGAGAAUGACCAACUAUCCUCCGCUAGUCUGCUAUUAAAUGAAACCGAGCAGGAACAGGAAAGAGUGCUUUCUAAACACAAACAGUCGUCAGAAGGUUCUUUGGAAAACAUUGUGAAAGAGAAUGAAAAUAAACCCCUUCAGAAUUUUCCAAGCCAAGAAGUUUUCAGUUUCCACAACUACUCCAAAGAUAUAGGUAGGGCUUCCAGUGAGUUUUCUGAGACAGCUCCAGAUGCAGAUGAAAAUGAAGAUGAAGAUGAGAGUUCAGAGCUUCAGAAGUUGCAUUAUGACGAUGAUGAUGAUGAUGAUGAUGAUGAUGAUUUUCAAGAUAGGAAAAAAUUACUGGCUGGGAACACAAAAGCUGGGGACUUGGUUCCACAGGUCUGUGAUGUAAAUAAUGAGGUUAUCAUUGAAGAUGUUGAACAGGAGUCUACCAACGCAGAAAUGUCUUCUGUAGAAAAUGAAUUGGAGAAUGAAAAAGAAAUAGACAAAGCUAUUCCGACUGCAGAAGAAAAUUCUGAACAGCAUGCUGAUGCUUUGGAUGAAACUCCAGAUGAUGUAGAUUCCCCUUUAAUGCCAAAAAUGACAUCAGUGUUCCCCUUUCAAAGUAAAAGUGAUGCAAGCCAUUCAGACCUCAAUGUUAACCACCACCCAGAGCAAGAACUUGAAACUGAGAAGAAGAAAUCUGAUGAUUUGGCUAGAGAUGUUUCUGAAGGCGAAAGCUGUUGUGGAAAUAAGUCUACACCAAGAAAUUAUGUGCUAGGUCAGAUUCUCGAAAAGCAUUCGGAUGCAAUAAUAAAUCAGCAAUUGGUAAAGGAGAGGAUGUGUACAUCCAGUCAAGGACCUCUUAACCUGUCUCCUGGAACUAUGAGGAUCCUUCAGCCAUCAAACCUAACAGAGGGAAACAAACCUGUUUUACUUCAGUCUCCGCAGAAUGGACUUUUAUUACCACUGCAACUGGGAAGCCAAUCAGGAUUGCAGGUACUUACAGGUGUUUCAGUUCCUCAGAUAAAUGUAACUUCUGUGCACACUGGAAACAAACAACCUGAUAAACAAACUGGUUUAUCCUUUACUAUAAGUAAUGGAAGAAUUGGGUCAGUCACCAAGAUUGUGGGUGAUGGCAGUUCUCUGCUGUUAGGUCGCAGGGCAGCUAAUGUUGAUGGAAAUAAUGUGCUGUCUACGUCUGGACUACAAAUUGGAAAUUCUGUUAGCCCCAACACAGGUCAUAUUCUUAUAAAUGGAAUGCCUCUUCAAGGCUCUUUAAUCUUGUCAAAUUCCAUCCCAUCACUUGCUGGAGAAAAGUCUACAAACUUACCAACAUGUUUCUUCAUCAAGAAACCACCACCAGAGGGUAUGUAUAUUUCAGGCCACAACAGUUCCUCUGUUGGCCAGUGUUCUCAAGUUCAACAGACAAGUCUCGCCACACCAGUGACAAUUAAUCCCAUUGGAAAUCCUACUGUUUUAUCUGGUGGACGACAAGCGUUUUUAGUCAAGCGAAUAACUCCAGUUAAACAGAGCAUACUUUUGAACAGUCAAAUGGAAGGAAGACUUGAUCAGGAUUCACCAGUCAAGAAAGGUGGAGACGGUACACAGAAUUUCUUAUUAAAGAUUGUUAGAAGACCUGCUGAUAAGAAACCAGUUGGUAGCAGUGGUGAUCCAUUGAAAAGAGAAUUUUCAGCUUUCACUGCAGACGAGUCUCGUGCUGUUCUACGAACUGUUACUCAGGUACCGCAGCAAAUAUUUCUGGCAAGUGAUGCUUUACAAUCACCGUAUAUACUGAUGUCAUCAAACCAGUCCUUUGCAAACUGCUCCAUGAGUAGUAUUUCGUCAGGGUCUUUGAAUGAUUCUACAAGUACAUCGAUGUCAACAGUUGCACAGUUAUUUAGAGGUUCAUCCCUGGCCAAUGUUCAAGCCAGUGGAACUGAAGUAAACAAGUCUGCUGUGAUCAGUAAAAGCAGCAAGUUCCGGAAAGAUUGUCCACGUCCAAAACAAAUUUUCCCAAAAGCCAACAGAAAGAGGCAAAGGAAACUAACACCUGAGGAAGAUUGCGAAGAGCCACCAAAGGCAAAGAGAGCAUUAAACACAAAAUGGAAAGAAAAUGAAAAAGAUGAACAUAUAAUGCAAAACACUAGCAGAACGGUGCCAAAGGACAUUGAAAGGACAUUGAGGCUUGCACCCUUUUGUCCUUCACAGCUCAUAAAAUGCCCACGAAGAAACCAGCCAGUAGUUGUUCUUAAUCACCCAGACGCAGAUGUCCCUGAAGUAGUUAAUGUAAUGCGGACAAUUAACAAGUUUAAAGGACAUGUAUUAAAGGUAGCAUUAUCGCAAAGAACAAUAGAUGCUCUUUCUGAACUGGAAUGCGACUCUCAUCCUCAGGCAACAUCGCAGCACUUACAGUCAAUUCGAGGACGGAAGGUUAAGCCUGUAAGUCCUGUGAAGGAGAGAUACAUUCUGAAAUUAAAACUUAAAAAGACUAGUAGGAAUAAAUAUAAAGUAGUGAACUCUACCUCUAAUAAUUCUGAGAAAUCUACCUUCAGCUGUUGGUUUUGUGGCAGACUUUUUACAAACCAGGAGGACUGGAUAGGGCACGGCCAGCGGCAUCUCAUGGAAGCGACCAGAGACUGGAACACAUUGUUUUAAACCAACAAAGACAAUGAGGAUGUCUGCAAAGAUAGGCCUAUUCAUUAAUACCCAGUCAUGCAAUCGGUCUAUAUGUGAUAGUUUGCCAUAUUUACUUUAAUUUAAUUUGGUUCCUGUAGCACUGGAAAAGCCAUUGUGAAAACACACUUUUUUUUUUUUUACAUUGGCACAAUAUUUCUUAAUGUGAAAUGGGCAAGUGCUGGUGAAUUAAAUCUCAUGUAAUCAGUUUUAUGGAUUUUCUGACAAACUCAGAAGAUUGAUAGAUAUGUCUUCCAAUUCUGUGUUGUUGGUAUUUGAAUUAGUUACUUUGUUAUUCUUGUGUUUAAAUUAUUUGGUUAAAUGAAAUGUGAAGAAAUUCUUUAAGGUCUGUGUAUAGUCAGGAUUUUCCUUAUUUGUAGGGUGAAUGAUGUGAGUGUCUGUUAGUUGUGACUUGUGAACAUGUAGUGUGUGUAUGGUGGGGACCUUUCAGAGAUAACUCAGGUGACACAAAGCUUAAUUUUGCAGGAGCAGCAAUGUUCCUGUAAUGCAUACAAUGUUUUAAAAGGCCAUUGUUGUCCACUGCUAUGGAAGUGAAAGGACAUGUCUUUAUAUAAAAAGGCAAGUAAUCAAAUCUGUUUACCAGGAGACAAACUGCUGAUUUAAAAAUACCCUCUUCAAAUGUCAAAAGGCAGGUAUGAUAUGUGCUUCUCAGUCAUAUUUUUAAUAGAAGGUCCCAAAAAAAAAAAAAAACAUUUCAACAGUAGCUUACAGAUCAAUUUACUGGAGGUUAUAUUUAACAGAUUGAAAAAUAAUUUAGUUUUCUGCUAACUGUAUGUCUGUCUUCUUGACAUUUGUUUUUUCUUUAGGGGUUUCAAAUAACACCAUACUGUGUAUAUAUAAAUUUAAAAUAAUCUGUGUGGAAAAUAUAGGUCUGUUUUCUUUACUGUUCUCUGAAGAAUACAACAGCACUGGAUAACCAAAUACACCUUUAUUUCUUUUAUGCCUUAGUUACAUCUUUUAGAAUUGAUAUUUAGGUCAUGUGUAUCACACAAUGUGUGUGUUUUUUUUCUUUUUCUUCCUAUCAGUAGGUUAAAGUAUUGCCUAACACGGAAAAUAGCUCAACAGAUAUCUAUUUUUUUAUUCCAUCUGAAUAAGUGCCUGUGAUGUGCCCUUACAGAUUUACACUACAGUGUACUGUAAAACACACCUGUUUAUGUUUAUACUAUGUACACUGAAAAACGUAAUAAAUGUAAAUACUUCUAAAAUGUCAAUUUUGUAUAUUCGAGUCUAAUAUUGUUUGAAGAUGUAUGGAUCUAUUCAGGAGUGGGUCUAAUUAAAUGAUUGAUUUUCAUAAACUUGACAUUCCUAUUCUGAUAGAAAAUAUUGAGCAUUUACAGUUUUUGAUUGUUUAUAAUUUAGAGGAAAGAUGUUUUUGAGCCAACUCAGGCUCUUUAUUGAAACAUCAUGAAACCUAGUUGUGCAACACGUUUUAUUCUUAUUUUUUGAGCAACAUGUAUCGUAUACACUCAAUAUGUAUGUAUCGUCCCCCUUUGAACUGCUACAGCAGAUUUUUUGUGCUGAAGUACCAGGAGAAAUGCAUUGCUUCACAGAGGUGGGGACUCAUAUUUUAUCAUCCAACUAAAUAAGCUUUAUCCCUUGUAGUACCUACCUGAAAAGACUAGUUAUUCUGUAUGACACCAUAAUUAUGUUCUAUUGGAUAUUACACAUCCAUUAUUGUGAAUGAUUUAAAAACAAGCUUCUUAUUGAAUAAAUAGAGAAUACUGAAUAAUCGUUUGUUGUAUAUGUUUUGUAUUCACCGCAGGAGGUUGUCCCAGUAAGGACAUCCUCCUAAUGCAAAUAAAAACCAUAUGCUUCUUUAUACUACAACUAUGUUUUGUAAAUAAACAGCAAUACAAUUUGUAAUUUUUUUUAUAUUAAAUCAACUAAUUCAGGGAUUAUUUUACCUGGCAGAUUUUUUUAUUUUCAACAGACUAUGCUCCGACGUGGAUUCAUGUGGAACCCUGUUUUUGGUCUUUUUAGAUAGAACCUCAGGCAGUCAAUUUUAGCAGGAUUGGAAUGUAAGCAAAGACACAUUCGAAACUAGUCCUGGUAAGCAUGUUAUUCCUUUUAAGUGGAAUAACAAAAAUGUAUCCCAUGAUAGAUAUAGCCACGCUUAUGGUAGAAUAUAAUAUAAAAUAUAUUUAUUAAGUGAACAGGGCAAUAAUGAAAUCACAUGCCACUUUGUACAGUAAUACUGCUAUAGAAAAAAACAAAAAAACAACCAGUUAAGAAACCAAAGGACACCUUGUGCACUUGCACUAAUUGCCUAAUAUGACAUUUGUCUUGAAAAAAGAUUUUCUUGUGCAAAUGACAUUAAAAACACUACACAGCAGUACUUGGUUAGAAUUUUUUUUUGACAGCAGAUUUGCAGUGGCCUGCAGACUAUAUAUAUAUAUAUAUAACUAUACAUAAACAUACAUAAAAAUGAAUGUCAAAUAUUUUUUCCAGCAAACGUACAUCAAGUUCAUGCUCAAUAAAUAGUUAAAAUCCUUAAACAAUAUUAUAAUUGAAAGUAGACUUUUUUUUUUUUUUUAAAUGUUACAAAUUACUAUGAAACUAUUUUUAGACUGAUCUCUGCAGUAUACAAUAUUUAUAAAAGUGACUUUUUUCUGCGUAAGUUCUUUAUUAUAAAUAUAUACAAAUCAAGCAUUUCAGCGUUUAAAAAUGUUUAACUAUUGCGGUCAUUAGUCAUGUUUUGUACACAGCAUUUGAAAUUUGCAGAAUUAGACAGAAUAGUCUUACUCUUAACCUUAGCCUCUGAGGAACAAGAAAUACAUUAAUAAAAAUAAGAUUUCCAAAUUUGUAGUAAAUUUGCUUUUGUAUGAAUCGGUUUUUAACUACGAAAAUAUAUAUAUAAAAAAAAUGUUUACACAUUCUAGGUACAAUUUGUAUUUGUAUAAUACUUGCAAUCUGAAAUAAAAUUAAAUAUAACUGUA